CGCAGUGGCCUCCUGGCGGGGCGGGGGCGGGGGCGGGGGCGGGGGCGGGGGCGGGGGCGGGCUCGGCUGCUUCCUCGAGCCCAUCCGCCUGGCCCUGCUCCGCCCGCGCUGCGCCCCUCCCGGGCCGCGUCCCGCCGGCUGCUUCUCACCGAGGGACGCGCUCGGUCUCCGGAGGCUGUGCCUUAGCCGCCCGGGAAGCGUGUUAACAGAGAGACGUGGAUGUCGCCGCCGCGAAGGCCUUAUUGUCAGCGGCUUUGCGCCCCUCAACCCCGAAGGGAGCCCGCCCGAGCCCGCACCCUCCACGAUCUUGGAACGGAACCCUGCCUUUCUCUACCCUCUCCCUCCACCCCGUUCUCGAACAGGGCCUGAUAGGUGUGCCCCGGCCCCCCUUGAAAAUCAUUCUUUUGUUGCCCGUCUUGUCUUUUUUGCAGCCGGCCCUCCUCAUUCUCCGCCCUAAAACCCCCCAGCCCGAUCGAGGGGGCGGCGGGGCCGUAUCGUGACCGUGCGGGCUCGGUGGGCCGAUGCCCGCGGGCGGUUUGGGGUUGCUGUGCCUUGGAGUUGUUUUACGUGGUUCGCCCUCUUUUUUACAGACCAUGAAACCCUAGGGCACGCCCCUCCUGAAGCCGUGGUCCAAGACAAUCUAGUUUUUCCCCAAGUCCUUCCCCGACACUUAUGAAGUUUUUAGUUGUGGAAUCGGCGUCCUGCAAUGAAGAAAAGGAGAAAGGUGACUGCAAAUCUUGACGAGAAAAUCCAUCUGGGCUAUCAUAAAACUGCUUCAGAAGGAAAUGUUGCAGUGAAGUGUGACCGGGUAAAUUAUACUCACCCCACCACCGAAAGACCAACUCCUGAAGCUCUUCGUUGUUACCAGGAACUGCCUCCCUCUCCAGAUCAGAGGAAACUUUUGAGUUCUUUGCAGUAUAAUAAGAAUUUGCUCAAGUAUUUAAAUGAUGAUAGGCAGAAGCAACCAUCUUUCUGUGACUUACUCAUCAUCGUAGAAGGGAAAGAGUUUAGUGCACAUAAAGUUGUCGUUGCAGUUGGCAGCAGCUAUUUUCACGCCUGCUUGAGCAAAAAUCCCAGCACCGAUGUUGUCACCCUGGAUCACGUAACACACUCAGUUUUUCAGCAUUUGCUUGAAUUUCUUUACACAUCAGAAUUUUUUGUGUACAAAUAUGAAAUACCUCUUGUUUUAGAGGCUGCGAAAUUUCUGGACAUUAUAGAUGCAGUUAAGCUGCUAAAUAGUGAAGACCUGGGUACUUUUCAGUCUGAGCUAGCUGAAAAGUCAUCACCAGGGGAAGCACUAAGUGAACUCACUGGGAGACUAUCAAAUAAUCAUCAGUGUAAAUUCUGCAGUAGGCAUUUCUGUUAUAAAAAGUCUUUGGAGAAUCAUUUGGCUAAAACCCAUCGGUCCCUUUUGUUAGGGAAAAAACAUGGGUUAAAAAUGCUGGAGAGAAGCUUUUCCACAAGAAGUUCAAAAAGGAAUCGGAAGUGCCUUGUUAAGUUUGAUGACACCAGUGACGAUGAACAAGACAGUGGUGAUGGGUCAGAUCAUUUGAAUCAAGAAGAUUUUGAUAAGGAAAAGUCAGACAGGAAUGAUUCUGAAGAUCCUGGAAGUGAAUAUAAUGCUGAAGAGGAGGAACUAGAGGAGGAAAUGUCAGAUGAAUAUUCUGACACGGAAGAUCACAGUGAAAAAGAUCAUGAUGCAGAAGAGGAACCUGAGGCUUGUGAUUCCGUAGGAAAUAUUCAUGAGGGGUUAACUCCUGUCAUCAUUCAGAACAGUAACAAGAAAAUUUUGCAAUGCCCGAAAUGUGAGAAAACAUUUGACCGAGUAGGGAAAUAUGAGAGCCACACACGUGUUCACACAGGUGAGAAGCCCUUUGAGUGUGAUAUUUGUCACCAACGCUAUUCAACAAAGUCUAACCUAACUGUUCACAGAAAGAAGCACAGUAACGAAACAGACUUUCAUAAGAAGGAGCACAAGUGCCCUUAUUGUAAUAAGCUUCAUGCAAGCAAGAAGACUUUAGCCAAGCAUGUGAAGAGAUUUCAUCCUGAAAAUGCACAAGAAUUUAUUUCCAUUAAGAAGACUAAGAGUGAGAGUUGGAAAUGUGAUAUUUGUAAGAAAUCUUUCACUCGAAGGCCACACUUGGAGGAACAUAUGAUUCUUCACUCUCAAGAUAAACCUUUUAAGUGCACCUAUUGUGAAGAACAUUUUAAGUCACGAUUUGCACGGUUAAAGCAUCAAGAAAAAUUCCACCUGGGUCCUUUUCCCUGUGAUAUAUGUGGUCGCCAAUUUAAUGACACUGGAAACUUGAAACGCCAUAUAGAAUGCACCCAUGGUGGAAAGAGAAAAUGGACUUGCUUUAUCUGUGGCAAAUCAGUACGAGAACGAACUACUUUGAAAGAGCAUUUGAGAAUCCAUAGUGGAGAAAAACCUCACCUUUGUAGUAUUUGUGGGCAAAGUUUUCGUCAUGGGAGCUCAUACAGACUCCACUUACGAGUGCACCACGAUGAUAAAAGAUAUGAGUGUGAUGAAUGUGGGAAAACAUUUAUUCGUCAUGACCACCUUACAAAGCACAAGAAAAUACAUUCAGGUGAAAAGGCUCAUCAGUGUGAAGAAUGUGGAAAAUGUUUUGGCCGUAGGGAUCAUCUCACUGUUCAUUACAAAAGCGUGCACCUCGGGGAGAAAGUGUGGCAAAAAUAUAAAGCAACAUUUCAUCAAUGUGAUGUUUGUAAGAAGAUUUUUAAAGGCAAGUCAAGUCUAGAAAUGCAUUUUCGGACACACUCAGGUGAAAAACCAUACAAGUGUCAAAUUUGCAAUCAAUCUUUUAGAAUUAAGAAAACAUUAACAAAACACCUGGUUAUUCAUUCUGAUGCAAGGCCUUUCAACUGUCAGCACUGUAAUGCAACAUUUAAGCGGAAAGACAAGCUGAAAUACCACAUUGACCAUGUUCAUGGCAUUAAAUCUCCUGAUGAUCCUCUCAGUACUUCUGAGGAAAAGCUUGUAUCCUUGUCAGUAGAAUACUCAUCUGAUGAUAAAAUCUUUCAAACAGAAACAAAACAAUAUAUAGACCAGCCCAAAGUUUACCAGUCAGAAAGCAAGACUAUGCUACAGAAUGUGUCUUCUGAAGUUUGUGUUCCAGUAACCUUGGUUCCAGUUCAGAUGCCUGACACUCCGAAUGAACUGGUGCGUCAUACCACCACUCUUCCACCUUCUUCUCACGAGAUCUUGUCACCACAGCCGCAAUCAACUGAGUAUCCACGAGCAGCUGAUUUAGCUUUUCUGGAAAAAUACACACUUACUCCUCAACCGGCAAACAUAGUCCAUCCUGUCCGGCCUGAACAAAUGUUAGAUCCGAGAGAACAGUCUUAUCUUGGAACACUGCUAGGCCUUGAUAACACUACUGCUGUGCAAAAUAUUUCCAAUAACGAGCAUCACUCAUGAGUAAAUCUAAACAUUCCACAGACUUUUUGGAUGGUAAUGUGUUAAUUCUAGCUUAGAGCUGAUGACUUGAAUUAGUAGGGUUGCUUUUUUUUUUUUUUCCUCAAGUCCUCAAAACCAUUUCAAAUCAAGAAUAUGUAUCCUUGCUAACCAUGAGUAUUUGGACAUAUUUUGAUAUGUUAUAUUUCAAGUGUACAUUUUUGGUGACUUUUUAAAGAUUAUUUAGAGUUAACUUUUGAUAAUUUGUUAAACUUUAUGGAAUCAUUAGCUAGUAACAUUUUGGGGGGUAUUUGUUUUGUAAUCACCAGUGGAAAAAUUUGUUAUCUCAUUACAGUAUUUUUUUUUCCCUUCCCCAUUUUCCAAACAAAUUUGAGGGCCAUGUCACUUUAUGAAAGAAUAUGACUAUACUGAUAAUUGCAGCUAUUCCUGAUCCUAGUUGAAGAUUUAUUAUUAUUUCUUCAAGAUGUUUUAAUUGAAAUUAGGAACUUAAAAGAGAGAAUUAACUAUUUUUGUGUUGGUUUUUCAUCUGGAAAUGCUCUCACAUUAUCAUUAUCUUUUAGAUCUUCACCAAACUCAAAACCAGAACACUAAUGUGAAAUUUGCUGGCUAGUCAAACUGUAGAAUUGAAAAUGGUAUCCAAAUGAUUAGUUUUAUUCUGUGCUUCAAUUAUGAAUAAUAAGUGAAAAUAUAGGUCUAGACACUGAAUCAUACAAGUUGAACAAGUGUGAAAAGCAGUCUGACAAGUUUUAACUAGGUCCUUUUCAAUCUAAGUUUACCUUUUUGUUUUUGUCAAUGAUUUCAGAAACAUAUCACAGCAUCUCUCUUCAUCUCAUUAGGGAGGCCCAGUUACAACUAACUAAUGAAAAUCUACUAGCAAGGUAAAUUUGCUCUCAUUUACCUUGGCUGGCUAUACAACUCUGGGAAAUGGAACCUAGAUAUUUCAUGUGUUAUUGUUAGAAAAGGUGCCAAACAGAUAAAGUUUGUGAUAACUAUGCUUUAAGCUGUUUACUUUAAUCAAAGGUAACCACUACUUACAUACAGAUUUACAUGUAAUCUAAGUCUUUAUUUUUACUUUGAUUGUUAUUUUUGUAUGAGGUGGAAACUGAGGACUUGAUGAAAGGAAAUAGCACUUAUAGCAAAGCCUCACUAUUGAAAUAAUUGAGAAAAAAGUUAAAAUUAUGAAAUACCCUGAAAGACAUGCACUUUCCAUAUUUUCAAGUCAAAUUUAAACUAGUUUCCUUAGUUGUGCUGCUUGAAAGAUUAGAGUAGGCAGGGAGAUUUAUUAGCAUGUCAUUUACAUGUAAACUACUGGAAGAUUACAAAUUUGAAGAGUUAACUAUUUCAGUUUUGUUUACACUCCUAAAUGAUUGAAGCACUUUUAUUUUAUUUCUGUUGCAUGUAAACUGUAAAGUUCGGCCUAACCUUGUGAAAAUCAAAUCACAAAUAAAACAAUGAGCUUUUAAUGAAUUAAAUUUAACCACUCAAUAAUGAGGAAAUUUACUUGCUAAAGCACUUAAGAGAGGAAGGUACUUUAAAAGUAGCAUUCACCAGAUUACUGUAAAUAAAAGGAAAAAAAAACAAACAACACUUGAGAAUUGAGAUAGUUAACCAAAGUACUCAUUAAUAAUAAAACCAAUUUCUAGGGUACUUAGAUGAUUGAACUUGACUACAUGAGGUACUAUUGGUCUGUGAGUCUUGCAAAUUGACUUUUAAAAAUUAUAUCUUUAUGAUUUUCAUUAUAAAGACUGACAAGGUUUUUUAAUUAAAAAAUCUUACUAUAAUGAAAUCCUCUAAAAAUGUGCCCUGCCUUAUCUAGAAGCCAAUGCUGAAAAGGUUGGACUUAUAAAAAGGCAAAUGGUAUAUAUGUGUAUAUGUAUUGUAUAUUAUUGGUAGCAGAAAAAGAAGGUGCUGUAUUUUCACACUGAAAGGAAUACUUUUUUUUAAAGGUAUUUAGGGUUCUUGUAAUAAUAAUAAUCUCUUAUAUGUUGAAUAUAUGAUUUGAUUGUAGGAAUCGGUCUACAAUAUAGAACUUUCCUGGAAUACAUCUCAUAUAAAAUGGAUAUAAUUACAUUGAGUUAUUAUUAUAGACAAUGUACACUUGAAUAGUAGCUUAUUAUUUUUAAAAUGCUUUCACAAACGUUUUCUCAUGUAAACCUCAAAACCAGCUCUGAAGUAGAAAUUGCUGUAUUCCUCAUUUAGAGACAAGAAAUCUGAAUUUAAGAUAAAGGACUCAUUUAAGAUUGUCAUUUAAAUGGCAGGCACACUUAUGAGUAGGGAAAGAAUACUAACAUCAGUGAAUAGUUACUCUGUGCCAAACACUACAUGCUCUGAUGUAACCUUAAACAUACAGGGAGAUAGUGUAAUUCUUGUGAAGAAGUAGUCUCAGUGAAUGACUAAACAAAAAAAAUCUGUUGUCCAUAAUUUUCAAGUUAGAUAGACUGUAACAAAAUUUAAAUUUUUAAAAACCUCAUGUAUUUGGGCAAACUGAAUGUAUAUACAUUUUUUAAGUUGGCACAAAAAAUAUGAGAAGAAGCCUGUUGUUCAGUUAGUCUUUUGUAAUAUUUGAUUUGGAGAAAAUUUCAUUAACUCUAAAAUUCAUUAAUUCUGUAGCUCUACUUGAAACUUUCAUGAGUGUAAUUUAUUUUAAGUUAAUUUUAGUUCAUAGCAGUUAGCACUUAAUAUGUAAAUUGAAUAACUUAUCAAGUGUAGACAUGUGUUAAUGUAAUCAGUUUCUACCUAAAUGCACCAAAGAUUUUUUUGUAGGUAUUAAAAUAGUCUAAAAGAAUUUAAAUCCUUUGUUGUUUGAAUAAAUAUUUGUCCAAAGAAGCACAGUUGAAGGCCUAGGAUUAUGGAUUAAAAAAAAAAAUGUGUUAGUUGGAAUACUAAGUUAGGUAUUGUUUGUGUCUAUAUGUAUAAAAGGAAGAAAAUACUCUGGGAAUAGUCACACUGACAAACCAACUGCAAGAGAGAAUUCUUGGUUUUCUUCAGUUAAAUUCAGUGUCAUCUUUGACAUGGACACUAUUAAUUUCUGAACUUAUUUUUUACACUACACUAUUAAAAUGAUUUUUGCCAUAGCAGUUUUUCAAAACAAGUUGAAAUUAUUUUUAUAAGAAACCCCAGUUAAUUUUUGCAGCUUAAAAUCCUACUUAAGGUUAUGAUUGGUUGGGUCUUCAUAGCAGUUAGAUUCACCAACAACUGUCACAGUUUUGAUUUUUACAUAUUCUUAAGUAAUUAGUCACUUAUUGUUGGGAAAAGAGAAGUAACAGAAGUAGAGUCUUAAUCUGAUGCUUUAUUAAAUGACUUCCUUUGAAGUGAUAGUAUGUCAUGAAGGUAGGUACACUAGUAAUUUUCUGUCAACCUUAAAAAAAUGUCAAAAUAUUUCUGCAGUAUGACUAUAAACUCAGUUAAGGGCUAGUCAGUACCUGUUACUACUUUUCACUCUGUGGUUGCAAAUGAAAACACAACUAAAGUUCUGUGUUUAUCAGUUUGUCAGUGUUUUUUUUUUUUUUUUUUCCCCUAACAUAUCACUGAUGAAAAGUCAAAUUUGGAACAUUAGCUCUUUACAGUGUCCUUUUAUACCCAGUCUUUUCUGGAUUGAAUGCUGUGUGCCUUUUCAUGUGUUGUCGCAGCUUAGAGUUGAUUCUGCUCGCUAAAUUGUACUGGUUAAUAAAUGAUUUUUAUUUUGU